AUGAAUGGAACAUGCUUAUCAGCUCAAUCCUCAAAGCUAAACGAGCUUAAUAUUCAAACUUUGAAUGGAAUUCAACAGCAGCUUGUGAAACUCGUCAAUUCAAGUGGAAAGUUAGCAAGUUAUGGUGCAAAAUGGGCAAUCAUUAGUAAUUCUUCAAGAAGAGCAUCUACAACCCUGGAAAAAUUGAAGAGCCUUGGAUGUGAUACAUCACUCUUUCUUGGUGUUAUUACCAGUGGCGAAUUAACACAUCAGUAUCUUCUAAGGUUACCUAUUUUACAUUUAAGGAGAGACGACGAAUGGUUUGCCUCUUUAGGAAGAUCAUGCAUUCACUUGACUUGGAGCGUCAAGGGUGCUAUCUCUCUCGAGGGUCUCGGACUAGAAGUAGUGGAAAAUGUUCAGGAAGCCGAUUUUAUUUUGGCUCACGGAACUGAUGCUUUGGGCCUUUCUUCUGGUGACUCACUUCAAAUGAAUCUUGAUGACCUUGAGAAGAUACCGGAGCAAUGUGCUUCUAAGAAAAUUCCUAUGGUGGUAGCAAAUCCUGAUUAUGUAACUAUAGAGCCUGGAAAUCUACGUGCUAUGCCCGGAACAUUGGCAGCCACAUAUGAAAAACUUGGAGGUGAAGUAAAAUGGAUGGGUAAACCACAUAAGCAGAUAAUAUACAAGUCAGCUACGGAAAUGGCUGCUGCUGUGGAUGCCUCUGAUUGUAUUAACGUAGGAGAUUCCUUGCACCAUGAUAUCAAAGGCGCGAAUGCAGCUGGAAUUGCAUCACUAUUUAUCACAUCAUGUGGAGUUCAUGCUACUGAACUUGAACUUAGUAAAUUCGGAGAAGCUGCAGAUAAUAAUUCUGUACGUGCUCUUGCCUUGAAAUACGCUGCAUAUCCUACACAUGUGCUCGGUGUUCCCUUCUUUUACGUGGUCAAUUAAAAACUAGCAGGGGCUUAGAUUUAUGUCCCUCUUCAGUCUUU